CUAUACGGAGGUCUAGUGGAGCCAGACGUAUUCUUGGUGGAACAACCAACGAUAUAGAGAGACUGAAGCUUUUUGUCUGGCACUGCAGUUGCAUCUUGGACUUGAUUAAUUCUGACUCUGUCAUCAAUCCAAGAUGCGUACCAAGCCAAAGAGAAAUUAUCUAGUCCAAGACGUGCUUGACAUUGGAGAGAGGUUCUUCCAACAUCUUGGGAGUACAGGUCACCAAGAGGUCACGGAGAAGGAAGCUUUACGUGACCUCUAUUAUGAUGAAUUCAAGCCUUCCCUUCUAAGGCAAGGUGUUAAAGCCUUUGGAUUUUCCACGUUGUUGAGGUGCUUGAAACGCAGCAAGAGGAUACGUGUACAGAACGGUCAUGUGUUCCCUCAGAAGGCCUAUGACUCUGUGGCGUUAGACCAGUAUAGGACCAUUAGGAGGUCCGAGGAGGCUUUUGACGGUCAGGGGUCACCAGCAAGGGCAGCAGGCGAUGGAGAAAGGCGGUCUGCUCAGCGCAAACGUUACCCUUGCCUCUGUGAGGUUUGCGGAGUGAUUGUCAACUCUGAGGUCUCCUACAGGGACCACAUCCGAGGGAAGCGCCAUCGGGUCAACAUGCUGAAGAAGGUCAUCAACUCAAAGAGGAACGACCUAGUUGAAGCCAAGAAUGGAGUAUCAAUCACUACACAAUAUGAUGAUGGCAAGGGAAAUGUAACAACUCAGAUGCACUUGAGGGACAUUACGAAGGAAGUGAACUUCAAGAUCAAGUCAAUCAGUGACAGGGAGGUAGCUCUGAUCUCUAUAGUUCUACUAAGUGCAAGACCUCGCCCUGAGUUCAAGGUCAAAGAUGAACAUAAUGUGUUUGACGGGAUCAAUACAUUUAAGAUGCCUUCGGGAUCUGAAUACACAGUGCAGCUGUCAUGUACCAAUGCCUCUAAUCUGGGAAGACUUGAUAGCCCUGUUGCCUUCACUUUUCGUCUAGAAGAUACCAGAGAUAUUUUCAAGAUCUUGCGGUUUGUUUCUGUGUUUGUUGUGAGUGAUGUCAACGAAGAUCUCCCACCUUCCAAACCGUACACCAAUCCUCCAAGGUUUGCUGCAAAGAUGAAGAGAGGAGAGAUCGUAAACGGAAUUGAACUCUCAGGUUGGGGAGAAAAUCCACUGAAGGGUAUUCCUCUUGAAUUUUUUGAUGUUCCGAGGGACCUUCAGCACACAGUAAACAGCAAACAGAACCUUCCCCAACUCAGGGAUCAACUGAAACAGCCUCUGACAGUAGACAACCAUCGAGAGAAGUUCCACAAGCUCCUGUACAUAGAGGAGUUACAGAUGCAGGUUGAUAUCAGACGAUAUGAUAAGAUAGGUCAGACACUGGCCAAGGACAAACAACCCAACAUGCUGAGACUUCAUGUACCUGGUCUUGCCGAGAAUCGACCGUCAGUUCUCAGAGGAGAUCAUCUGUUUGCUAGGUUCAGCGACAAGUCUGAUAAUAAGAGCUACAAGGGCUACGUGCACAGGGUAGAACAGGAGGAUCUGGUCCUGGGAUUUCAUGGAGACUUCAGGAGCAAGUACAUCACAGGUAGGAAGGUUGACAUUGAGUUCACCUUCACCCGAUUCCCCAUACGUAAUGAGCAUCAAGCCAUAGAGACGGCCACAGUAAAGGGCAGGCUUAGUGAUGCGCUCUUUCCAGGGACGGGGAGUCAAGUCGGGAGUAAAGGCCAGCUUUCAAAGAUUCCAGAACUACAGGCUUUCAAGAGGACCCUCUUUGAUCAGAAGUUGUCUGCAAACAUGGAACAAGUCCAGGCUGUUCACCAGAUUGUGACAGGAACCGCUAGACCAGCUCCGUACCUGGUCUUUGGACCUCCCGGCACAGGGAAGACUGUAACCAUCGUGGAGGCUGCAAAGCAGGUUUACAAGUUGUUGCCCGAGAGCAGAGUUCUUGUUAGUGCGCCCUCUAACAGUGCAGCUGAUUUAGUUGCUGUCCGUCUGCUCAAUACAGGAACACCCAUUGCUAAGACACACCUUAUGAGAAUGUAUGCUCCCAGCAGACCUCUCAUCGCCCUCGAUCAUGUUCUCAAGGAGAAGAAGUGUUGUAACCUUGGAGCGUAUGAUCUCUACAUACCAUCUAAAGAGGAGAUCCUGGAAAAGAGAGUUGUCGUCACAACCCUCGUUAAUUCAGGAAGGCUGGCACUGGCCCAGUUUCCAGAGAAUUUCUUCACCCAUGUAUUCAUUGAUGAGGCAGGUCAUGCCACCGAGCCAGAAGCCCUGAUUGCUUUGGCUGGACUGAUAAACCUUGAUAACCCUAAUGGUGGCCAGAUCAUCUUGGCUGGUGACCCCAAACAGCUUGGACCUGUGCUCAGGUCACCAUUGGCCAUUGAGAAUGGUCUAGUCCUAUCGUUCCUUGAGAGGCUGAUGACCCAGUGCAAAGCCUACAGCCGGAAGGCAGUUGCAGGGACUUCUGAAGCACACUACGAUCAGAGGAUCUUGACUAAGCUACUGCAGAACUACCGCUCUCACCCGGACAUCCUCGAGCUGCCAAACAAGAUGUUCUACGACCAGGAGCUCAAGGUCCACGCCAAUGAGGUGGUCAGAAACUCGUUCUGCACAUGGGACCAACUGCCAAAACAGGGUUUCCCAAUCAUCUUCCAUGGAGUCGAGGGUCAGGAUGAGAGAGAGGAACAGAGUCCAUCUUUCUUCAACAAGUCCGAGAUUGAGAUUGUAGUGGAUUAUGUGAAUAAGGUGAUGGACAAGAGAGGUGGGCAGAAGAUGAGACAAGAGGACAUCGGUGUUAUCUCACCAUACAGGAAACAGGUUCAGAAGUUACGUCGGGUCCUGGAGAAGCGUCGCUACAGCAACAUCAAGGUCGGGUCGGUGGAGGAGUUCCAAGGUCAGGAGAGGACGGUGAUCAUCAUCUCCACCGUCCGUAGCACCAAGGCGGAGUACAUUGAGAUGGAAGACUUCAAACUCGGCUUCUUGAAGAAUCCCAAGAGGUUCGAUGUGGCAGUGACCAGAGCCAAAGCCCUUCUAAUCAUCGUAGGAAACCCCUUCAUGCUCAGCAAAGAUGAACACUGGAACCCAAUGUUGGAGUUCUGCAUCCAGAAAGGAGGCUACACAGGAUGUGCUUACAGUUCAGAGGAGAGUGAUAUGGACUCCCUCGUUCAACUCUUGCAGAAGGCUCAUCUGGGAAGUGUACCCACAGUGGAAGAAGCAGAAGAGCAGCUUGGAUUCAGUCAAGUUGCUCAGCAGAAUGACCCCGAAUGGAGAGGUGAAGACUAGAGAAAGAGGUCAUCUCCAUAACAACAACAAGCCAAAGAAUGAUUCGCCAUUUACUGGUAGAAUAGUGAGAGUUGAAUGCAGCUGUACAGUGAGGCAGCUAUGUUAAAAUCUGAAUCAGUGUUGUUGGUAGACCAAACAGGCACAGGAGAUGCAUGAACAAGGCAGUAGCAUUGAAGAGACAAGUGUGCAGGAACUUUGUAGAACAAUGAUUCAUACAUCUUGUACCAAGGCUCCAAAGAAUGGUCAGGUAGAGUAGUAGGAAUUGAAGUAAAGAGGAGACAAUAAAGCAGCUGUUUUUUUAGAUUGUCAAUAGAAUCUUUUAAAUAUAAUUAUACAGACCAAUCAGGCACAAAGAAUGGGCAGGGAGAUGGAGUUAAAUGAAAAUUUUUGCAAUAAUUAAUAACUUUGAUUUGAUAGAACAAAAAUUGUAUACCGAUUGAUUGACAAGUCAUGAAGAAGCUGAAUAAUAGGAUGAAAUGUCAUGAUGCAAGUGCAUAUUUUGAAAUGACCACCCUGGUAUGGACAACUCUACAAUGAAGAUGGGACAUUGGAAUAUGGUAUGGUCUCAGCGGAUCACUGUUUGACUACAAGAGAACGAUCUGUCGAUCUAGCAAAUGUACUUUCGUUCAGACAAUGAUCUUACAUUUGAAUAAAUUUGUGCAAGCUAAAAAGUUAUGGUUAACCGGUAUAUAAAAGUCUUGGUAGUAAAAGGAUGCAUGUGUACUAAAUCUUUUAAUUCACUUGUGCCCUCUCUGUAGGAUAUUGUAAUUCAUACAUUUGUCGCAUGUCCAAUAUAUUCCAUUUAAGAUUCUUGCCAGAAUAAUUCUUGUUGAAUAAUGUAUUUCUUAAAAUGUUAUAUAAUCCUUUGAUGUGAUCAAAUAUUUUUAAUGCAUGCACAUUUUUACAAUUUUAUUCUGUGCCAUGUUUUCUUUUUUUUAAAUCCGCAUGCAAAAUACAAUAGCUAAAAGUUCACUGUAAUUUAUGUCUUUUAAACCCCAAGUGAUGGAAAUGGGAAGAAAAAUGCAUGAAGAUUUAAUUUGUUUUAUUAAUAUCAGAAUAAUUCUUGUAAUUUUUUUAAUAAUUUGGUGGGCUCAGCUACCCAAUGCGUCUCCCUCCCUGUAUGGUUGUGUACUGUGCCAUAGUUCGUUUACUUUUAAGUUUUUACACCAUUUUGUUUUGGUCAUAGGUUAUUGCUUGUUUUCUUGUACUUCUUAAAAUUCUUCUAUAAUAUUUGUAUCUGUAAUGUUCUUUUAAAUGUCAUAAUGAUUCAUUUAUAUAUUGAAGAUGCCAUGUAACACAUUCUUCAAAUUGAUAAGAAUUACUCAUAAGUAAUAACGCUAUAGGAAUUUAUUGGAAGUUAUUUUCUUGUGGUUUGUCCACAAUCAAAUAUUGUAUGAAGUUGUAAGUAAAUUUAAGAGAUAAUGUAAGUCUAAUUUCACUUGAAUUUGAAACUUUGAAAAUGUUAGGUUAUUUGAAAAACCAGUAACCUCAAUAAUUUCACGUUUGAAUCUAUGAGUCCAUUCUGAAUUUGAAUAAAUGAGUCUGAUCGAUCGAUCGCAAGGAUCAUCAUGACAUAAGUCAUAAUAUUAAGGGAUAUAUAAAUAUAAAUAUUUUAGAGGGCCUUUGAUGCUUCUAUCUACCCUUUUAGACAUUGUCGCGAUGAUGUGUACAUGUACAUAAAUUGAUUUUAAAAAUGAAUAAAAUGAAUAUAGAUAUAAUGUAUCAUCAGAUUAAAAAUCACAUAAUUUUAAUGUAUUUACACUGAACAUUAACAAUAAACUAUUUCAGACAACUAA